AUGACGAACCGCUUCCCUCACAUCCCGGGCGACGCUCCUCACGCUUCGCUCACCACCACCCCCGGCGUCGGAUCAACUAUGUUUCGCCGGUCAUCGUACGCCUCUGUAGCCGCAGGCACGGCAAACAGCGACAGCGCACAGCCCUUCGCCCAACCCACUCGCUCAGGCGCCUUCUCCCACCUCCUCAACCAGUACUCCUCAUCCCAUCACCAGCCGCGCAACCAUUCCAGAAACCCGUCUCGCGGCAUGGACAUCGACGGCCACGGCAGCCUAUCCGGCUCCUACCGCGGCGCCAACCCGAAUUUCAGCGCUUCCUACGGCACCGCCAUGGACGCCUCCACGCCACCCUUCUUCGUCCCCUCCUACCUCAAGGGCUCGCGCCAUGCGGAGCGCCUCGAGGAAGCCCACAAAGCGCGCCUGAACGCCCAGCGCGACGCGCGCUCCUCGGGCACCGGCUCGCUCUCGAGAAGCUCGUCCAGUGCCAACCUGCACAAGAUGGUCCCCUCGCACCGCGGCAUGACGCACGACAUCAUCGAACGCGCACCCCCGGCUACAUACACAGAGGAGAAGGAGAGAUCUUGGCCGACGCGUUGGAACGAGGAGGACAGGUCCGCAGGCCUCGAGCUGCUGAGGGAAGGCUUGGACGUCAAGUGCGGUUCCAUGAGCAAAACCCAUGACGAGGCGCUAUCGGUCAGGACAGACCAUCCCAUGCCCAGGCAGUGCGGAAUCUACUAUUUCGAGGUCACGGUUGUCGGAAAGGGAAAGGAAGGGUUGAUUGGCAUCGGAUUCUCGGGACCAAAGGUCGCGCUUCACAGAUUACCAGGCUGGGAACCUGAUUCCUGGGGAUACCACGGCGAUGAUGGAUACAGCUUCUGCAGCACGUCCGCCGGCAAGAGCUAUGGGCCGAAGUUCUCGAUGAACGACGUCAUUGGCUGUGGAAUCAACUUCAGGACGAACGAGGCUUUCUUUACAAAGAACGGCCAUAGAAUCGGAACUGCUUUCAGAAACAUCCCAGUUAGCUUGGACCUCUAUCCUUCGGUUGGCGUUAAGAAGAAUGGCGAGCAUCUACGCGCGAAUUUCGGACAAGAGCCCUUUGUUUUUGAUAUUGAUACCGAGUACAAGAAGGAGCAGGGCGCCAUACAAGCCGACAUUAGCCGUACGAGUGUGGCAUCCUUAAAGCCAGGAGCGGAUGAAACAGCAUUGAUCCACGAGCUAAUCGCUCAAUAUCUCGCCCAUGACGGCUAUGUCGAGACUGCCCGUGCAUUUGCAGCAGAAGUACGCGAGGAGUCUCGGGCGCUCACUACAGGAGGUCCUUCGAAUGUCAGAGACCUUGAGCCCGAGGAAGACAUCGAUGCCAUCAACCGCCAGAAAAUACGUGCAGCAAUCCUUGAUGGGGAUAUUGACAAGGCUCUGAAGCUUACAACUGCAUAUUAUCCGACGGUUCUCCAGGAUAACGAGAACAUUUACUUCAAGCUUCGCUGCCGCAAAUUCAUCGAGAUGAUCCGGAGAUGUCAAGAACUGUCAAACCCACCUAGCAAGGGCGGGUUCAGAAGCAAUGCUGGAAACAACGGCUACUCCAACUCUGGUUAUGACGACGUGUUUGAUGGUCAGAUGGAGCUCGAUGACUCGACUAACAAUGUCAAUAAUGCAAACAACGGCGAAAGCAUGGACAUCACAGGAAGCGACGCGCUCAAGCUCAACGAGUUGCUCGGCGAAACUCUGCAAUAUGGCCAAGAGCUAAGGGGGGAAUUCAGUGGGGACUCCAGACGCGAAGUUAAACGGGCGUUGGAGGACACUUUCGCGCUCAUGGCAUAUAGCGAUCCCAAGCAGAGCCCGCUCGCAUACAUGCUGGACCCCGACGAGAGGACUCCGGUAGCGGAGGAGCUCAACAGCGCCAUCCUUGUGAGCUUGGGCAAAUCAUCGAGUGCGGCAUUAGAGCGCCUUGUCCAGCAGACAGAGGCGCUCGUCGAGAAAUUGGCUGAAGACGGCGGACCAGGUUCCUUUGUCAAUGUCCGCGGCGACUAUCUCGGUGCACAUGAACGCGAAAACGAACGCUACCUCUAA